UAAAAACAGCUGCCCAGGAAAGCUGCCUGGCAGUGAGCAUUGUGGCUCUGGAAAAGUGGGGGACCAUGGAGAUUUUCAGCAUUCAGCAGUUGGUAAGUGAUGAACGACAUGAGGGGAAAUCGCGCAAUUUCGAGGUGCUGGCGAGAGGAACGGCCUGGGAGCCCGAAAGAUGGCGCUCAGGCCUGGCUGGCAUGUGGGGAGCAAUCGACAGGGAGAGGCAGAAAGCAGAAGAUGAGAAGAAGAAAAAGCUUGAGACACUCAACAAUUCCAAACUGAAGCUUGAGAGCCUGCAGGACUUGGAGGCCAUCAUAAAGCUUCGCAAGAAUAAGAAGAAGGUGAAGAAAGUGGUCCGCCCCAAGGAGCCAGAGCCGGAAGUGAUAACAGAACCUGUGACACCAGAGCACUUUCUUCAAGCAGUGCUGGAAAACCGGGUUCUUGUGGUUGACAAGUAUCUGACAGACGGAGGGGACCCCAAUGCUCACGACAAGUUCAGAUGUACAGCCCUGCACCGGGCCUGUUUGCGAGGCCAUGCAGAGAUCGUGGAGAAGCUGCUGGAAGCUGGAGCCAUUCUGGAACCAAGGGACAUGCUGCAGGCGACGCCGGUGUUCUGGGCCUGCCGCGGGGGACACCUGGAGAUCCUCAAGCGCUUGAUCAACCGGGGAGCCAAGAUCUUCACGCGGGACACGCUGUGGAGCACCCCGCUGCACGUGGCCGUCCGGACAGGGCACUGUGAGUGCGCCGAGCACCUCAUUGCCUGUGGGGCAAACAUCAAUGCGCAAGACAAGGAAGGAGACACGCCCAUUCACGAUGCAGUCAGGCUGGGACGCUUCAAGGCUGUGAAGACACUGCUGAUGUACGGCGCAAACCUUGGCAUUCAGAACGAGGAGGCAGUGACUCCGGUGGACCUGGUGAAGGACUGGCAGACGGGCAUCCGGGAGACGCUGCAGGCGUGCGCAGACCGGCAGCGCCUCCCCACCAGGAGCUGCUGAUGCGAGUGGAAGGGAGGCUG